AUGGGUUCGGUUUUGAAUUUGGACAAGAGCUAUGAAAAUACCAAGAAAUUUGUCGUUAUCUCGACGAUGGUAUCCGUCGAGGGUCCACUCCUUGCCAUCUCGGACAACAUGUUCGUCCACAACAAUUCCAAACACGGAAGGAGGGCGAAAAGGAUAGACCCUUCGGAAGGUGAAUCAGGAGCUAACUACAGCCAUGAAGACAGCAAACGCUCCCAACCGCCGCCAUUCCUAUUCCACGAGAAGGAUUCUAAGUGGCCGCCGCUUUAUAAAAAGACACCGAGGAAGACUCUUUUCGGACGAGCCCCUGAUUCCGCCCCAAGUCUCUAUCCGCCUUUACCAGUCGCGACACCCUGCAUCAAAGCUAUCUCGCCAAGCGAAGGCUGGACAAGCGGAGGUUCGACGGUAAUUAUCAUUGGAGACAACUUCUUCGAUGGUCUUCAAGUAGUCUUCGGCACGAUGCUUGUUUGGAGUGAGCUGAUAACGUCCCACGCGAUAAGGGUGCAAACGCCGCCGCGGCACAUACCGGGAGUUGUGGAGGUCACCUUGUCUUACAAGAGCAAGCAGUUCUGCAAGGGUGCGCCAGGCCGCUUCGUAUAUGUUUCCUUAAACGAGCCAACGAUUGAUUACGGAUUUCAGCGCCUGCAAAAGCUGAUACCAAGGCAUCCAGGCGACCCGGAAAAACUUCCCAAGGAAAUAAUACUGAAAAGAGCGGCAGACUUGGCAGAAGCACUAUAUACAAUGCAGCCAAGGAACCAACAACUGACAGCUCCAAGAUCACCGACCAACAACAACAGCACGACCACCUUCAACUCCUACACAGGCCAGCUGGCGGUGACAGUACAUGAGAACAACGGUCAGUGGACGGAAGAAGAAUACACGAGGGGAGGUGCUGGAAGCGUUUCGCCAAGAGGAUACGGCUCCAGCACGAGUACGCCACACUCCAGCAACGGCGGGUACAACAACUCGACGCCGACCUACCCAACGUCUUCCCAGGCAACGUCCACCACUCCCGUCAUCUUCAACUCCUCCGCACCUAGAGUUGGAAGUCUAGUUUCUUCACCUUUCACCGGAAUGAACCCAUUCGCUCUUCCAACAUGUAAUUCACAGAGUUACAGUCCUCUGGUAUCAACACCAAAAUGAAGUCUUUUCAACUAUUGUAAAUUUUCUACCUUCUAAUUGUACAUUGUAUCAUGUAAAAAGAAAGUCUAGUCCUAUUUUUUAAUCAUGAUCCCACUUCAAAGAGUACAAAAUAUUUAUAUGCAAAAUGACCUUUCCACAAGAAUAAUAUUAGUGAAUAUAAAAAGAUAUUUAUGUAAAAUUAACUAGUCAACAACGAAUUUUCGAUUAAUUAAGAUCUAUAUUAGGGGCGACAAAUAAAUUAUAAACUUAUAAUUUAUAUUUUAAGAUUUCAGAAGACUUAAUUAGAAUUAAACAGCAAAAACUCAUGCUCGAAUGAACAAAUUUAGCUGUUAUUAUUAUUAUUAUUGCCAUUCAAUACAUAAUGCUAAAUUCAAAAGAAAAAAUAAGAAAACUAAAUCAUUCAUUUAUUGCAUUGUGAAUUCUAAUUAAUAUAUUUUCUUCAUUACAAAAUGAAAGACAUCAUUUUUGUUUAGUCUGUUGGUAAUGGUAAAAUAAAAUAUGUUGGUUAAUUCAUUAUGUUUCACAUGAAAAGAUUUAUCAAUCUUAAUCAUUUGACUUGUAGCAGGAAAUAUUAAAAUGUAAUUACU